UUUUUUGCCACUUUAAUGUAGCAGCCGUUUAAUUUGUGUCAUUUACACCAUAUUCACUGAUUCAAAUAGUGGGAAAUAGUUAACUUUUAACUAGAGAUGUUGUGAAACUAGGAAAACCCGGCGCCCACUGCAGGACAGGACUCGCGCUGCCACGCUCUGGUUAGAGAUAAGAUGACCUGUUCUCGCAGCAAGUGAUUUGGCUCUUGCCAUGGAGGUGCCGCUCUCCCCACCGCGUGCCCACGCCAGCCUCCUCUGCUGCAGCUCCACUCCCGUCGUCCUCGGCCUCCGAUCCCGCUCCGCCACCGCUCCGAGCCGCCGCGCGCGGCCACUCCUUGCCCGCAGGAACCGGGACAGCCGGAGCGACGAGGAGACCGCGGCGGAGCCCAAGAUCAUCACGGUCGGGCGGCCGGGGAAGAGCGGGCGGCGGCGCAACAGGAAGCAGCAGCAGCAGCAGCAGCAGACGGCGGCGAAGGAAGAAGAAGAAGAAGAAGAGGAGGAAGAUGAGGACGAGGAGGAGGAGCGUGACGCGACGAUCCCGGAGGUGGUGACGAACCGGAUGAUGCGGCGGGUGGGCGCGUCGGUGGGGCUUCCGCUGGCGCUGGGCGUGGGGUUGUUCCCGGUGUUCUACUACCUGAAGGCGGUGGCGAAGGUGGACGUGCCGACGUGGAUCCCCUUCGGCGUGUCGUUCGUCUUCUUCGGCGCGGCGCUGGCCGGGGUGAGCUACGGCAUCGUGUCCGCGAGCUGGGACCCCGCCCGGGAGGGCUCCCUGCUCGGCUGGAACGAGGCGCGCCGCAACUGGCCCGUCUUCUGGGACUCGCUCCGGGGACGCUCCCAGUCCCCACCUCGCCGGGGCUAGGAGUAGAGUAGGGCAGGGACAGACAGGACCGCCCCAGUGUGAUGACUGACAUGACACUCUUGUGCGUUUGUCUCGGAAAAACUUGGGCUCUUGCAUUGGUGCUGCUGUGUAAAUCCACGUCGAUCGCUCGCUCGCUUGUGUUGGGGUUGGGGACGGGGGUUCAAUGAGAAUUUGCAUCUCUUGUUUGGUUCAGUAAGAGGGAUGGAAUGGAUUCACUGCGGUGCUCAUUCGGUUAUUCA